CCUCCAGCCCAGGGGCAUUGCCCCAGCACUAUCCUGCCAGUGUGCUUGGUGGUGUGAAGCUGGGGCCUGCUCCCCAGAGCCUUCAGAGCGGACUGCAGAUUCUACAAGCCCUAUGUCGCUGGCCCCCCAGGAUCCAGAACAUGGCAUGUGGGGUGCAGGCCAGCCCCAGAGGGUUCAGGAAGAAGGUGCUGGUUAGACACCCCUCUGGGUGGAGGGGCCCAAGUCUCAGGGCCUCUUCUCCUUCAAGAACCUCCAGAUCUCUCCUGGGAAUGAAGACGCUCUUCACCAUCGCCAUCCUGGCUGGGAGCAUCCUGCCCGUAGCCCACAGCAGCCUGCUCAACCUGAAGUUCAUGGUGGAAGCCAUCACGGGGAAAAAUGCCAUCCUGUCCUUUGUGGGCUAUGGCUGCUACUGCGGGCUGGGCGGGCGUGGCCUGCCCAUGGAUGAGGUGGACUGGUGCUGCCAUGCCCAUGACUGCUGCUACCAGAAGCUCUUUGACCAGGGCUGCCACCCCUUCGUAGACCACUAUGAUUACACCAUCGACAAUAAUACUACAAUUGUCUGUGGUGAGCUCAACAAGACGGAGUGUGACAAGCAGACUUGUGCGUGUGACAAGAGCUUGGUCCUGUGCCUCCAGAGCCAGCUGUACAAUGAGAAACAUCGCAACCACCUCAAUGUCUACUGCCAGGGCCCCACCCCCAACUGCAGCAUCUACGAGCCACCGGAGGAGGCGGCCUGCAGUGACAUCUUCUCUGUGCCCCAUGAGCCUCCCUAGAGCCCUCUAGGGUCUGUCAGAGAAGGGGGGUGGAGGUUCUGGCUCUGGGGACUGGACAGAUGGGGCAGGUGGAGGUGGGCAGGACCAGGAGACCGGAGGCAUGCCCCUGCCUCCUCCCUGGAACUCCCCAGGGAGACCAGCACCCAGUUCCUCCCACCCAGCACAGAGCAUGGCUGUGUUCUGCUGCUGAUUGUGGACUCAGCAGGGAACAUGUGGCUUAUGGGGGUCUCUCCUGAGUGUGGAAGGCAAGGCCUGAGAGGGAGGAGCCUGGGGGCCCCUGAACGGGGCCUCUGUUGCUGGCUGGUCUUGGCUUGACUCCUUCAGUCCCGGUCCUUAGGUCUGAGCCUCAGAUCCUGAGCCGCCAGCAGGCCCAGGCCUUAGCGGAUCCUAGGACCAGGUUCCUAGGCAGAUAGAAUGCUGGUCAUGGGGCCUUGGUUCUGGGGUCCCCUUGGCUGCCCCCAUGGGGUGACUCAGGGAAAUUCCUGCUUUGAGGGCCGUGUGGCUCUCUAGAGCCCAUCAGACAGCAGGUGGUCCGUGAGCCCAGGCCCAGACCCCACAGGAUGGCCACGAUGCUUGGUGUCCCAGGCCCCAAGUCUGGCCUCAGUUACCCAAAGCACCUGACAGCAGGCUUGUGGGCACUGACAGAACCCACAUGCCUGACACACUCCCCUAGGUGCACAGGGGCCAAGACAGGGGUGGGGGGUGCACACUCCACUCCAAUAUGCUCCUCACCUUCCCAGGCUCCCCUGCCACCCCACUGACCCACUCACGUAAGAGGCACAUUCUGGCCUGCAACCCCACCUAUCUGAGGAGCACCCUGGCCCAAGGCCCCAGGGCCCCUGACAAUUUGGGGGGUGAGCAGGGCCCAGCCCUCCUGUACCCUCCCCCCCACCCCCACAACCUUGCCUGCCUCUCCCCUGGUGCCCUAGCCAGGCCAGCAGGUGGAGGAAGCCCAGGCCCCUCUCUCCCUGGGCAGGGAGAGGCCUGGCUGCAGCCCAGUGCCAGGAUCAGUGGGGAGGGGGCUGAGGGUCGUGACCCCUUGGUGAAGAGGGAGACAAAGGUGGGGGAGAGCAGGCCCAGACAGGAGGCUGUGGGAGGAGCAGGAUGGUUCAGCGGGAAGGGAGAAGAGGGGCUGGGAGAGAGGCGAGACAACGUGGGGGUCAGACAGCCAGAUCACGAAGGUCUUGGCAGGAGAAGUGGGGUAGAGGAGCGCGGGGCAGCAGGGCCCCCGCAGGCCAGCCCUCCCACCUCCGCCCCAGCACUGCUCUUUCUCCAGGUGCACCUUCCCCCUUCCUGCCCUGCCUCACCUCCUGACCUCGGGCUCGGUGGCCUCCAGGAAGCCAGCAUGCCCCACCUUCUGCCUUUGCCCAGUGUCAACCCUGAGGACGCACUGACACAGCGCGGUGACCUGACUGGACUCUGAGAACAGCCGCCAGGAAGCUCGCCCUCCCGGCCAGCGCCCUUGCGGACCACUGUCACUCGGGGAGGGACACCCAAGAAGGGAGGAGGCAGGGAGAGGCACGGGGACAGAGAGACAAUGUCUGUGAAAAUGACGGCAGGGCUGGGCCUUGCCUAGCCACAGCUUCCAGAACACCGGCCGUCGGGACAGGAUGAAGCUGCUGGCCGCUCGGCUGUCCCUGGGUAGGGGCCGACCGCUUGCCUCCCGCUGGCCUUGGGUGCUGGCUGCGUCCCCCGUGUGCCCUGACCUGCCUGCCAGGCACUGAGGUCUUCCGCCUGCUCAGGAGCCCGGCUGGCAAACCACCUCGCCUUCCUGGGCCGGCCGCACCAUCUCUGAGCUGCAGCCUCACCAAGCCAGGGCUGGAGCUGGGGAGGUGCACCCAGAGCGCCCCGGAGAUGGGGACCACCUCCCUGGGGGGGGGCUGGGGUUUCUUGCCCUGCCCUUCUACAUGCGUGCACCCUCCACUCCUGAGAGGUUAGCCCCGUGUGUGGGGGAGACUGUGUGAAGGAGGCUCGCCUGCCCCCCAGCUCAGCCCAGGCUCUCCUGGAUGCCGCAGCUGCAGACAUGCCCGGUGCCCCACUGCCGGCCCUCCUUGGCCUGGCGCUCCCUGGCCAGGUACUGGGGGCGGGCACAGUGACCCCCUCCUGGGUCUCUAGCUCUGGGAAAGUGGGCACCCUGACACCCAGCCUGGAUGAAGCGGUCCUGCUCCAGCAGAGAAGCAAAUGUUGGGUGGGUUGGAAGCGGUGCUGAGGUCACGGGCACAGUGGUCCAGCGGUCAGAUAGUAACAGCUACUGGGCUGAGUGCCAGGCACCAACGUCCAUAAUGCUCUUCCUCCACCCCCUCCUUUUCCAUUGAACAGCUGAGGCCCAGAGAGGGAAAGUAACUUGCCUAAAGCCACACAGGUUUUCAGUGACAGCUGGGACUUGACUCCUCAGCAUCUGACCUUUCACUACUCUUCGUUGCACCUUCUUCAUGAAGGCUUGGGCAGCUCAGGGCAGCUGACAGCGACUGAUAGCCCAGCAGGACACUAGGCCUGGGUCCCAGCCUCGGGCCUUUCCCUGACUUAGGUCCCUUCCCUGUUACAGGCAUCAGUUUCCCAUAUGCAGAGUGACCAGAACAGCUGUUUCACAUGCUCCCCAAGGCCAUGUGUAUUCCUGGGGACUUCUAGGGGUGAUCUCUGGGGAAGAGCAGAGAGAGCAGAUGGGGCCCUGCCCCCCACCAACUCAACGUUUGGUUGAGCAGCCCAAGUUUCCCUGUAUUAUAUUUUGAGCAUUCAUAUGAGCAACUCUAAGUAAACAGAUUCUUCAGCCAAAAUUUUAUCAGGGUUUGAAAACCCCUGAUAAGAUCACACAUUGGUUCAUUCAUUCGAUGGACCUAAACAAAUGUCUCCUAUGGGCCAGGUGUGAUGCUGGGCUUUGGAGCAGGGGACCCCACCCCAACCUGCAGCCUGUGGACUGAUAACCUUGACACAUGGUGCCAAGUGCCGUCACGGGGAGCACCGAAGAUAAGCCCCAAGCGUGCCCGUGGCAGUCCCCGGAAGAGCCCCCCAGGGGCUGGUGGUGAAGCCAGGAGGGUGUAUUUGAGUUCUCUGGAGGUGGAGAGGAGGGCUGGGGAGUCACACUUUUUGAGGAAGGGGCUCCUCGCUUCUACAGGACCCCUUCCAAGUUAGUGAGGUCUUUGAUGCUAACGCUCCAGGAGGCAGCGGUCCUUGCUUUGCACCAUCCGGGGGCUGCCACUGGCCAAACUUUGAUCGGGCUCCCCUGAGACCUUUCCUCAACUGGGCUUUAGCCUUUGGGUUUCAACUUCAUCUGAUUUUAGCAAGAAUGCUGCCACGUCAGUUUAGUCUGGGGCAGGGGAGAUAGAGAAUCUCUACCUGUCCUCAACAGCUGAUCAAAUUUCUCACCCUCCAUCAUCCCCAGGAGAUGUCUGACCACCCAGGCCUGCCUUCAGCAAGAAUCCUGUUAGGUCAGUUUAGCAAGAAUUAUCUGAGCCUCUUAGCAAUUUUCCAACCACCAACCCCGUACGUACCCUGUUCCUUAGCCAUAAACUCCCACUCAAGAAAAGUGAGGAUUCCUGGUGGUCGUUGUGUUCAGAAUUGAGCUCAGUUCUCUACUGGCCUCUGUUGCAAUAGUUCUUGAAUAAAAUCUGUUUUUACCUCUUAUA